AUGGAAGAAGUGCGACAACAGAGACAUGUUUGUAAGAUAUGUAGCAAGAGUUGCGUUAGUGGUAAGUCAUUGGGAGGUCACAUGAGGAUUCAUUCAACCUUGAUUUCAGCUAUGAAAAAAGCAGCUGAAGUGGAAUUUGACAGCAAAAUGGAUUUGGAAGGGGCCGAUGAUCAAGAGAUUCAAGAGGGUAGUUUUCAGAACUCGAAGAAUCAAUCAAACAGCACAUAUCUAGAUCAAGAAAAGAUCAAGAAUUGUGGGACCAACAUGGGCUUGGGAGAUGAUGAUCCGAAAACUAGCUACGAAUUAAGGGACAAUCCAAAAAAAUCUUGGAAGACUUUUGAUGGAAAACAUGGAGAUACACCAAGGGAUGGAACUUGUAAAGAAUGUGGCAAAGUGUUUCCCUCUUUAAGAGCUCUGUCUGGUCAUAUGAGAUGUCAUUCAAUCAAGAAAUCCGUGGCGAAUCAGAAUCACUGUAAGGAAUGUGGCAAAGGAUUUGAUUCAAUGAGAGCCCUGUUUGGUCAUAUGAAGAGUCACUCCAACAAAUCAAGAAGAGGCACUGAUGAAUUGGGUAAUUUGUGUCCUCUUCGAAGAAAGCGAUCGAGGAUAUUGUAUAAGACUGAUCCUACUCCAUCAUCAAGCGGAGUUGAAUUUGGGGAAGUAGAAGAGGUGGCUCUGUGUUUGAUAAUGCUGUCUAGGGGUGUGAAGAAUUGGGAUAGGUCUAAUGCAGUUACAGAAUCAACUGGUAAUGAUUCUGCAUAUUUUAGAGAUGAAUCAGUUUGUAAAGAUAAAGAAAUUGAUAUGAAUGAUGGUGGAGAUUCCUCAUUUGAUGUCGACAAGGUGUGUAAGAUGGAUAAAUUAGUAGGAAAGCUCGAUCCUCGCAUUCUUGGCUCUGGAAUUGCUUUUUCUGAGAAGUACUUGCCUUGUUCAGACUAUUUGAAUUUGGGUUUUUCUGGUGAAGAUGAGAUGAAAGUUGAUUCAGAAAUUUCUGAUGAUAGUGUGUUGAAAUCUAGUUGUUGUGACAAAACAAUAGUUGAUGGUCAUGAUUCUAAAAUGUCAAUAGAUUUUGACGAGAAAUUUGGCUUGAAAAUGCUUGGUAGUACCUCUUCAGUCGAGGUGGACACCUGCCCAUCAGCUAUUGCUGAAGCUAAUUCCAAGAUAGAAUGCAAUGUUAUUGCAAGUUUUCAGUGUCCAACAUGCUCGAGGAUCUUUUCAUCUGGCCAAGCUUUGGGUGGUCACAAGAGGGCUCACUGCACUGGAUUUACAGGGAACAAAACCAUUGAAUCUGUGGCAAUGGAUGGCGGUUUUGAUCUUAACUUACCUAUUACUAUUGAUGAAGGCGAAAAUGAAAGUGUUAAAAUCGAUCAAUGGUGGUUCGAGACUUGGCAUGAGCCCAAGGAGGAGCUGAUUAUUGCAGAUUGA